AUGGAGCUUGUGGAGAUCCAAAUGCAGCCGGUGGAUGGACUAGCCGUGGAUUGUGAGGCAACUAUGGAUAUCCAGCAAGUUCAAACACCGCUCCUCAAGAAAUCAUACGACAUGUUAGCUGAGCCAUUUGAGCAUCUGGUUGAGAAGGUCAAGCCAGAUUUAAUAGUCCUUGACUUUGCUGCAUACCGAAUCUUAGAAGUUGCUGCCAAAUACGGCGUAAGCACUGCGUUUUUCAGCGUGUAUACAGCUGCUACAUUGGCUCACAUGGGGCCACUGGCUGAGCUCAAGGAGGGAAAGCAGCAUCCAAGUUCAGAAUGCUACACACAGCCACCGGAUUGGAUUCCUUCUCCCCACACCGAGGAGUAUGAAGCAUGGAUGGUGCACAAUAUACACGUCGCUGAUGCAUCAGGCUUGUCCACUGGCCAACGUUUGGCGAAGGUCGUUGAGGGAAGCAGCUUUGUGUUGGUGAGAAGCUGCGAAGAGUUUGAGAGCAACUACUUAAAUAUAAUUCAACAAACAUUUCAGAAGCCAGUUUUACCUAUUGGCUUGCUUCCUCCAAAAAAUGAAGAGAGCAAGAACGCAUCAAGCUGGGCCGACACAUGCAAAUGGCUCGACGAGAGAGAGUCCAAGUCAGUGUUAUUUGUAGGGUUCGGGAGCGAAUACAAGAUGCCCCUUGAGCAAAUACACGAAUUGGCAUAUUCAGUUGAGCUUUCAAGAUUACCUUUCCUGUGGAUUCUAAGGAAGCCAAAAGACGUGGAUACUCGGGAUUUACUGCCUCCUGGUUUUGGCAGGCGCACACUAAGCCAGGGUCUGGUUGUUCUUGGUUGGGCACCUCAGCAACAGAUACUCGCCCAUCCAGCGAUAGGGGGAUGUUUUUUCCACUCCGGCUGGGGAACAAGCCAAGGACUCACUGCUAAGCUGUUAGUGGAAAACCAAGUUGGAUACGAGGUCCCCAGGAACGAGGAUGGUACAUUUAGUCGGGGCGUGGUUGCUGAAUCCAUAAGACGAGUUCUUGUAGAAGAACAAGGCAAGCAGUUGAGGCUCAAGGCAGCAGAGCUGCAAACUGUCUUUGGCGAUCAUGAGCAUCAAGAUAAUUUAUGGAACAUCUCAAAAACAUCACUACACAGAAGCAAGUGUAAGAAGAUAUCUCAGUGA